CCUGAAGUUGAUGAAGAGAUGCACAUCGCGAUCGAACAAGGAAAGACACUAAUUGUGAAAUUAUUGGCUUCUGGACCAGUCAAUCCGGAAACAGGAGUCAGGGAAGUGUUCUUUGAAUUCAAUGGAGAGACUAGAGCAGUACAAGUAGAAGAACGUAAUGCAGCAGUUGAAACAGCUCAUAGAGAAAAGGCCACUGCAGAUCCAGGUUCAGUUGGAUCACCCAUGGCAGGAGUCGUCGUUGAAAUCAGAGUACAGAAAGGUCGUGAAGUUAAAGCUGGUUAUCCGAUUUGUAUUAUGUCCGCUAUGAAGAUGGAACAAAAUGUGAUCGCUCCAGUAGGUGGUAAGGUUUCUAGAGUGGCUGUUGGACCUGAUGAUAGUCUUGGAUCUGGUGAUUUGAUUGUAGAGGUAUGUCGUUCUUUUAUGUCUUGGUUGGAUUUCUCUUGGGUUAAGUUACUGGUCAUGAAAUGUUGUGUUGGUUCGAAUAAACAGAUCAAACAGAGUUAG